AAAUUUAAAAAUUUUUCAUAUAUAUAUAUAUUGACCAUAACAAAAAAGGAGUAAGACAGUAACCUUCCUUUAGGUUUCAAAAAGAUAUUGACCUCCCGGGGUUUUAAAAAUCUCACAAAUCUUCUCUCACAUUUGCUUUUUGAGACUAUUAUAUCCCUCAAAAUUCUUAUGUUUUAUAAACUAUAGAGGAAGAUUAGUAUUUUUUUGGCAAAACCUUGGGAGUUCAUUAUUAUUAUUUUUUUUCCUAAACUUGAAAUCUUGUCAAAUUCCCGAAGAAACAAAGUGAUGAAAUUUACGGCUCGUGUCUGUCUCUUUGCUCUCUCCAUCCUUUGCAAUAAGAAAUUAGGCCUUUGGGAUGGAUAGCAUACUCCUUCCACAGAUCCUCUUACAAUAAAAUCACUCUAAAUAAUAUGAAUAUAGGUAGAUUGCACCGUGGGAGAUCAUGGUCACGGUGGGAGGAGGAUCUAAAUUUUUUCCCUCCAUCAAGCCGUCGUUGCAUCAUUUCCCACUCCUCUAGCGACUAUGAAGUCAGAAACAUCCUCCUCCUCCCCACCAAAGCCACCGCAGGCGCAACUUAACCUCCACCAUGCUUUCACCAACCUCCAAAGCCACUGCUCUGGCUUCCUCCACCAAUUCUCCCCUUCUCUGCCCCAGCAUCGCCCUCAGAAUCUCUUCAGCCACAGCUUUAAUUCUCUCAAAACCCACAUCGAAUCUGCUCUCUCCAACCUCGGAAACCAAGCGACUCGAGCCUCCGACGCUGCAUGUUCGAGAUUCGGGUCCGGUUCUGGUUCUGGAUCUUCUCUUACUGCCAAAACCCCAGUCUGGGCUUGGAUUGCUGAAAGGAAUGAAAGCCAGUUCAAGUGGCUUCGCCGUUCGGGCGCUGCUAUGUCGACGAAGGCCAUUGAAGAGCGGUUGGCGGGUGUGCCUGUCUACGCACUCAGCAAUUCCUCGGAGGAGUUCGUGUUAGUUUCGGGCAUCAGAAGUGGAAAGUCUCUUGGGCUGUUUUGUUUCAAAAAGGAGGAUGCAGAGGCGCUUCUUGAACAGAUGAAAUCUAUGGACCCCACAAUGCGGCAAGGAUCCAAAGUUGUUGAGGUUGCUCUGAACAAGGUUUUUCAGCUCCAGGUCGAUGGAGUGGCCUUUAGGUUGAUACCAGAGGCUUCCCAAAUCAAGAAUGCUGUUAAGGAGUGGCAAAAGGUUGGUGUUUCUGAUGAAGGAUUCCCUGGGGUUCCAGUUUUCCAGUCAAGGAGCUUAAUAUUGAAGAGCCAAGACAAGAGAUAUCGCCCCCUUUUUUUCAGGAAGGAAGACCUGGAAAAGUCUUUACUAAGAGCUUCGCAACAGCAGAGGCAAUUAAAUCCUGCUUUAAGACAAGGAGAUAUUCUGGUUGCUGUUCUGGAGGAAAUAAUAAAGGGGAUGAAGGAUAGUUCUACUUCGAAGUGGGAUGAUGUCGUAUUUGUCCCUCCUGGUUUUGAUGUUUCAACUGAUCCCUCGCAGCUAUGAGAAAAUUUUAGAAGGAUUGUUGACAGCAUUUUGACUAAUUCAAGGGUGUGAUUUUUGAUGUUACAGUGUUUUGUUUUUCCUUUUCUGAUGUGGCAUUAUAUUAUACAGUAUAAUUGAAUACUUUUGAGUGGGCUGUGGAAAUUUUGCCAUGUAACUGAUAUAGCAAAUUGCAACAAUCCUAGACCAGUCAGAAAUGAAAUUUAUUCUCUUUUGAUGCUGAA